GGUGACCACAGAAACUGCUCUAAAAGCUGUUGCAUUGUGGGACACAAGAUUGAAGCGGCGGCCAUUUUCCCGCUGGACGCUGCUUCCCAUUGUGGAUACGAAGAAGAAAAUAGAGGCAGGCGAGAUAUUUCUCACGACUUCAACACACUUUUCCCUUAGGUGAUCUCUUGUAGUCAUGGCUCGUACCAAGCAGACUGCCCGUAAGUCCACUGGAGGCAAAGCCCCACGUAAGCAGCUGGCAACAAAGGCUGCUCGUAAGAGUGCCCCAUCCACUGGUGGUGUCAAGAAGCCCCAUCGCUACAGGCCCGGUACUGUGGCUCUGCGUGAGAUCCGUCGUUAUCAGAAGUCCACUGAGCUGCUGAUCCGCAAGCUGCCCUUCCAGCGCCUGGUGAGAGAAAUUGCCCAGGACUUCAAGACUGAUCUGCGUUUCCAGAGCGCAGCCAUCGGAGCUUUGCAGGAGGCCAGUGAGGCCUACCUUGUGGGUUUGUUUGAGGACACAAAUCUGUGCGCCAUCCACGCCAAGCGUGUCACCAUCAUGCCCAAAGACAUCCAGCUGGCACGUCGUAUCCGUGGGGAGCGUGCUUAAACUCUCCUUCUAUUGGUCUUUUUACCUCCACCUAUCUUUCCUUCACCAGUUUGUCUUUCCAUCCCUCUGUACCUCACUCCAUGCCUCCUCCCUCCCUCCCCCUCACUCUCCCUGUGUUAGUAGUGUGUAGAUGAAAACUGAUUAUAUUAAGAAUAAAGUGUAUAGUUGUGUUUUCUUAGUGCUCAGCAGACUUCUAGGGUACUCUCUUUUUUGCAUGUACCAACUAUUGAUGAUGAGCUCUCCCCAUGCACACAUCUCCAGUUUGCACUGUUCUUACUCUUGAGUCAGUCUUCAAGGUAAAAGAUGAUUUGGUAAUCGACUAGACUACAGAAAAAUGUAGAGUACAACAAUGCAAAUUUGGAAAAGACAGACAGGAGGUGAGAAUGGGUAUUUGACUGCUGAAGGACUCUUAUCUCCUUUUUUGCAGCAGGGUGCUAGAAGAACUAAGUCCGUCCUCUUCUCCUGGUCCCAGUCUUUUGCUCAGACGGUCCUCGUCUGUUUUUAAACUAACCAGGCUGGAAUUUCUGUCCCUGUAUGUGUGCAUGAGUGUUUGCUCUGAUCACAGCAAAUUGUAUACAAUUCACUAGCAUCUUUGGAGAAUUUGAUUUAUGAUUACCAUAAUGAUCAGUCAUGAGUCUAACAUCAUUUGUUGUGUUAGGUUUCAAUUUUCCUUCCAAACAGGUCUCAUGCACAGGGAGUUUUGUGGAUGACAUAGAAAUGGGGGGAUGAAACAGAGCAAAAUACUUAGAGAGAACAAAUAAAGCAAAUUUGAAAUAUUUUUUUCUACAGAAAUGAGAUGCUAUUGACUAAUUAUGGCACCAAAGUUUGAUUCUCUUUAGAACAUUUUUCCUAACUGAUGAGACUUUACCCAUUUGUUUUUGUGGUGUUUAAAUUGGUUUGGAUCUUCAAAGCCUAAUCUUACCAGCUCAAAAUACUGUUACUGAUGCUUUUUAUGUAUCAGUGGCUCAUUUUUUAUACAUAACCUUUUUAUGGUUAUUUAAGGUUCAUCAAGGUUGUAAUGUUAUUUAAAACCAAAAGUUCUCUCUAAAAGUGUGGAAAUGUUUUUUGUAAAAAAACAAAAGCAAAACAACUGAUUCAAUGUCAAAAGUUGUUGUAAAUCAGUGUUAUUGACCAAUAUUGGCCAAUGGCCAUGUUUCUGUUUAUGUCCCCCCGUGCUUCUGUUUCUUUUUUUUUCUUUUUUUUGGGUUCCUUCUCCAGAUUUUUUGAUCAUCUGUAUACCGUUUCUCAGGUUGACUUGUCUCCCUUUUAAUUUAAUUGAAUUUUUUUUUGCUCGACUUGAUUUUCUUUUUUUUAAUGUUGAGGAUGACGAUUCAGUUAAAUAAUGUUUGUAAUUUCCAGAUUUGUCAUAUAAGUGGUAAUAAAUGGAUGUUACACACA